AUGAUCUUGCUCCUCUUCUUGUUCGGUCUGGCUCUGGGUGCCCAGAUUCCUCCAGAUGACCAGAGAAUGAAGCUACAGCGAAGCAACUGUCCCACGUUCUGGUACAGCUUUAAUGAUCGCUGCUACAAGUACAUCGCUACACGUAUGACCUGGGCUGACGCAGAGCUCCACUGUGUGUCAGAGGGAGCCAACCUGGUGUCUAUCCACAGUAUUGAUGAACAUAAUUUUGUCAAUUCCCUGAUCAGGAACUUUGACCCUGCUCGUGCACUCACCUGGAUCGGACUUAGUGACCUCCAUAAGGAAGGCAGAUGGAUGUGGUCUGAUGGGUCAAAAGUCAACUUUUUCUUUUGGGCCACAGGACAACCAGAUAAUGCAGGAGGAAAGGAACACUGUGGAGAAACCAACAGGGGAACAAAUUUUCAGUGGAAUGACAUUCCAUGUUCACGCACAUAUCCUUUUGUUUGUGUGUCUCGUACAGUUUUUCCUUAA